AUGCUUCCUGGUAUUUGGACAGAUGCCCUUUCACUGAAAGGAAAAAGGCUGGAUUUUUACGGCAGAGCAGACACAUAUGUAACCCUGACCCAGACCGUUCCUGAACUCAGCCGAUUCACAGCAUGCACUGACCUGAAGUUCAUGAGUGUCAUCCCACGUCAUUGGAUGGCCUUCUCCUAUAUUAUUAAUAACACCUUCUUGGGACGAGAAACCAUUGACCUUGGACUUGCUGGUGACCAUAAACAGCUAAUUAUCUACAACUUGGGCAAGAUCUUUUAUAUCCAUUACCACCUGAGUCCCUUUAGGUGGCACAGACUGUGUUUGAUGUGGGACGGGAUGAAGGGCCGUUUCGAGCUCUUUCUGAACAAAGAAAGGAUCCUGGUUAUGAUGAAUCGCUCACAGAAGCUGACACCCAAUGGGACUCUAGUUCUAGGACAUUAUCUCCUAAAUGAGGACAGCCCACUGAAGAGGGUGAUCCAGACCUUCACCGGCAGCUUGUACUACUUUCAACUCUGGGACCACAUCCUGGACAGCAAGAAGCUCACGACAUGUUCAAGCGGCAAUGUUGUUAGUUGGGAAAAAAGUGUGUGGCUUGCCCACAAGAUCGUUCCUACAGCUGACAGGAGACUGCACUGCUAUGUUCCAGAGAAUAAAACAAUUUAAGAAACAAAUACAGCUCUUUCACAAUAAAUAGACUUGACAAGUCCAUCACUAAUUACACCAUCAAUGGGUGUAACACAUUAUGUUAAAAAGAUAAAAAAAACAAGUGUAUUUGUAUUUGCAACUUAUUAUACAAUCUUAUUAUAUUCCAAUACAGCAUCUCCACUUCUAGAAAAAACAACUGCAUCGAUAUCUUUAAAGACACCCAUUACUGAAGCAGCUACAUUCAUUGUAGACAGUUUGUCUACUUCAACGGUCAACACCCUGCCUGACAAAAGUCCCUUGACAGGCAGUACAACCAAUUCCAUAAAAAUAACUAACCCCUCAUCUUCAGAGAUAACAAGAACAACAAAAAUGACUGAAACUAUUGAGACUGAGACCUUUUAUCCAGCCACAACUACUAAUUUCUUAUACUCAUCUGGAUUUGCCGAGAAUUCUGUUGUGUCUAAACCUUUAGUGACUGAACCUCAGUCAGUCACUAUAAAGACAACACCUUUAUUCUCAUCUAUUAAGUCAACUUCCAUGUCCACAACAUCAUGGGAAGAACAAAAGUCCACAGAUCUCAUAACUCUCCCUAUCUUCACAGUGAGCCAGGAAUCUCUUGCAUCUACAGCUAUGGGUACCAAAUCUUGGUCUACAGCAGAAGAGAUUUCGGCUAUAACUACUCACAUUGGGACUGCAUCAGCUUUACCAGCAGAGACUGUGCUCAGCUCCACAGUUACUCCAGUGUAUUCUGUAUUUCCUAAAAACCAGACAGCAUCUACAUUGACAACUUUGGAUACUGAGAUUGCAGAUCAUUCAGUGACACACCCGACUAGGACCAUUGAGACGACACCUGAUCUAAGAACAGCUGAAACAGAAUCCACCUCUGUAAAUUUCCAGAAAGUUUCUUCCCCCAGAAUGGAGAAUAUAAUAUCUACUUCCACAUCCAAAGAAACCUCUCCUAUGCCCCUUUCUUUCAAGACAUCCUCUCCCUUUACCAAAGUUCAGAGUAAUGUUCAGACAACACAAACAACGUUGAUUCCUGGAGUCACCCUUAAACCUACAAUAGUUGAAACUAUGCUUCCAACCACAACCACUGAGUCAGCAUAUACCUACAAUACAUCUAUAGGUGGUGACAAUAUGCUUCCUUUACUUUCCACUAGAUCAGUUUCUACAUCUAUGACAUCUGAAUCUGGUCCCACAUCAAUAAAUUCUAAAGAUACCCUGUUUUCCACCAAUGCAAUCACAUGGACUUCCAAGCCAGACCAGAUCCUGUUGACAUCAGCAUUCCAUGGGAGUACUUCUAAUAUAGAACAUUUACCUACAGCUACUAAUAUUAUCAUACCACCAGAAGCAGUCACAAAGAGUGAGUCUACGAUGACCACAGAUGCUAUUGUUACUGCAGAUGUUAUUACAGAUAGAUAUACAACUCUGUCUAAAUUACUAUCUGCAUGGUUUUCUAAUUUAUCUACAGUUUCUGAAACCACAUCUGUAACCAAACUUCCUGAAUGUAAACAUACCACCACAGUAGUAAAAAGCACAUUAGCUAGAAAUGAAUUUUCAACAGCAAGGGGGACUGUAAUUCCACCAGGAGAUAGAAUAUCUACUUUAAUUAAUGUUGAACCAAAUUUUUCUUCUGUUGAUAAUGCCUCUAAAACCACACAAACAGAGACAUAUGGAACAGUUGCACUUAGAGAGACAACAGCCCCUGUUUCAGAAGAGUCUACAACAACACAAAGGUUCAAUACGACUAUGACAAUGAAAGAAACAACUUUCCAUCAUCUUAAUGAAACAUCUGCUAUGGCACCUACAACUGAGGUUUCUCCAUUUACAGCAAUGAUGGAAACAACAACAGAUGAAUAUAUGCAAAUAAUGACAGUUUCUGUCACUGUUUCUCCCUUUCCUGAUACAGAAAAGUUGAGCACCCUACUGGAUAAUAAGCCUGCAACGACAGAGGUGAGAGAAAGUUGGCUUUCUACAAAGUCAGUAAAAACCACACCAAAGAGACCACACAAUAGAACUGAAGAAAUCUUUAGUUCCCCUCACACCUCUACCAUAUAUUGGAUCUCAGAGAUUCAAUCUGAGGGGAAUUCAACUCCAUCCCUCACUUCUGGAAGCACACAGACAUUCUCUGAGUCCCUUGGUGCUUCCACCACAAGUAUAUUGGGAACAAAUUUUGCAAGUAGCCCUACAGAAAGGACAGUUAUAACUUCAACUACUGGUAUCUUGCCUCCACAACCUACAGCUCCCCAUUCCUCAGCAACUCCUGUGCAUCUCACUGAUAUGUCCUCACUUCCAGCUGUUAUCUCAGCUGUCACCUCAGUGGGCAUGUCUGAAGAGUCUAAGAUGACCAUUCCUGAAUCUUCUACACUGGCCAGAGCUUCCUCAACUUCACUGCCAUCGGGUAUCUCAACAGGUACAGUCACUGCAACAUCUAUGCCACUGUUGGAUCAGACUAUGUCCACAACCUGUGAUACUCUGCCUACUCACAGAGACUCGAUUACCACCAACUCAGAAGCCACAAUGAUCUCUGUCCAGAUGACAUCUACUGCAAUUCCUUCUCUGACAGAAGCUCCAGUCUCCUCACUGAAGACUACUACUUCCAUGGCAACUAGUGCUGGAACCACUCUCCUCUCUUCAUCAGUUGACAGUGCAACCCCAUCUACAUAUACUGUUGCCUGCUCUACAUCUCCCCCUGAUGACAUUUCUGGUGUGUCCUUCACUCAUCUAACUACAACAAUGUCUACACCAAUAUCAAACCAGCCUACAUCUCAAGUGAAGGAGACUUCUACACAUGUUCUCAGUUUUCCAUAUACUUUCAGUGGUGGUGGAGUUGUUAGCUUGGCUAUUGACACCACUGAAACUUCCAUUGUUGAUGAAGCCAUGACUCCACACAGCUCUACCAACAAGCUUACUAUGCCAAUGUAUGAUCACAUGUCUCAAUCUUCCACAAGUCUUGUAACCAUGACAGUUCCCACCCUAUUUGUGACCAGCACUUCUACUUUAACUUCUGACAAAGAGAAGAUGACUACCACCACCCUAGAAAAUACCUCCAGAACUAUGAAAAUGCCAGAAAUGUCAAGGAAUCCUUUUAUUUCACAUUCCCAGAGAACAAUACCCUUGGAAAUAACAGGCAGAGAAUUUGAUAAAACCACAAAAAUUUCUAGUCACCAAACACAAUCACCUUCUGAGACUCCACGUGUACUCACACCUAACCACAUUUCAGCUUCAUCUCCUGUUUUGAAGAGUACACAGGCUAAACCUCACUCUUCUUCAAGUAAUACAGAUAUUUAUAGUUCAGAAGCAGCUACUAGUCUUGGGAAAACAGUUAUCCCUUCACAAGUUUCCAUCACAAACACCACAUUCUUAUCUCCUGAGAAAGGAAGCAUGGGUAUCCUGUCAGAUUAUACUACGAAUACUGAAAAAAUGAUAGUAAGUUCCCCCUCUAUGACUCAUUCUGUCUCAGACUCUGAGAAUAAUUCAUUAAUAGAAGAAACAAUGUCCAGGACAACCAGAGUAUCAAAUCUUGUAGGCACCAACACAACCCUUUCACAUUUGCUUUCAUCACCUAGAACACAAUCUGACAUGACUUCCAUUGCCUCUCCUGUUUCAGGAAUCACACAAACACUCUCUGAGUUCCUAUCUCACUCCACAACUGGAAUAUCUAGUGAUAAUUUUACAGUGAUAUCUACUGACAAGACCACUAUAGCUCUUUCUACUCCAAAUGUACCUACAGCAUUUAUUGUAAAUACUUCCAGAGCAACAUCUAUUCCUAGUUACCAGAAGUCCUCAUUGCCAGUUAUUGUCACUGCCUCCACCUCCAAAAGAGUUUCUGACACACCCCCAUUACUAAUGACUAAGUCUUCUAAAACAGCAUACCCAGAUAUUUUUAAAAGUCCUUCUAUUUCUACAUUUAGGCCUGUGUCUGAAAUGUCCUCAAUGUCAGUUAAUGACUCUGCUUUCUCACCCCCUGCUGACUCUUCUAAUUCUUCCACAACAGUUGGAAUUUUCUCCACUUUAUUAUCUUCAAUCAACCCUAGGAUUACUCUGGCCAUAAGUCCAUCUACAUUGGAUGAUAUGCCGUUGACAUCUACUGGACCUACUUCAAAAAGUACAAUGGUUUCCUCUGCAUUCACUACUUCAGAAAUGGCACAGAUGUCCUCCAGGAUCACAACAACAUCCCUUUCUUCUCCAGCAAAUUCAACAUUCCCAUCUCUGACAGAUAUCCCAAUCAUUAGUAUGACUGGAAUAGUGACUCCUUUCUCAGGUGCCACUGCCUCCUCUUUACUAAGUUCUAAGAACACUGAAGCUAUUUCUUCUAUUCCAAAGAACACUUUCUUACCGCUUUCAACAUUUUCAACAACCCAACAAUCAUCACAAGGAGAUAAAGCUACAACUCUAGGCAUGUUAUCUCAGAAUACUAGCAGCACACAAUCUACUGCAAGCAGGGAUCUAGAGACAGUUUUCACAAAUCCUUAUUCUAGCACUGCUACCCUGGAAAGUGUGUUUUCAUCUACUUCUUCAGAUGAUCUCCAUACUUCCACAAAUAUUCAGAUGUCCCCAUCUUUGACCAACUUCAAGAGCACUGCUGCAUCCACAGAAAGUGUAAAACCUACCACUUACCUUUCUUCAAAUACAGAAAAUAUCACUUUGUCAGGAAAAACUUCAGUAGCUGAAUUGACAAAGCAUGACGCAUCUAUUUCAUAUCCUCGAUGGACUCCAUCCAGUGCAACUCCAUCCUCUUUGACAUCAUUUCUCUUUUCACCUCAUAGUACUGAGACUAAGCUAUCUACUGUAAAGACUUCUCUUCCUCCUACAUCCCAAAGGGCUGAGUUGCCAGUCCUGGGAACAAGAACUACUUCAAGCAACACCCUGUCUCUUGUGACUUCUUGGAACAAACUCACAAGUAAAGAUGCUCACUUUCCAAUUUCCACUACUAUUCAUGAACCUACACUCAAUAAGAUGGAAACAGAAACUCCAUAUCUUGUUCCUGGAUUUGGUUCAACCCACUCAGCAUCUCAGACUAUCUCUGGAGAUAUUAUAGCAGUAUCAUCAAUUUCUACAUCAGGAAUUCAUCCUACCUCAGGAAUGCCUCAAAGUCCAUCAGUAUCUUCAAAAUCUACCCCUACCACUUUGCCUGACAUUAAACACACAUUUGAUAAAACAACCACCUCUGUAAAGUCUGGGGCCACAAUUUCAUCAGAAUCUAUAAUCUCCAAGGUCACAGCUUCACCUAUACUUACUUGGUUUUCAUCUAGUCUUCCUUCAGAAUCUCCUUUGGUAUCUGUAUCCAAUAGUCCUCGUAUAACUUCCUCUACCACAGAGGUGUCAACAUCCACACUUUGGACUUCUGACAUAAGAUCAACACAUCCAUUUACUAAGUUUACUUCUCAACCCUUUGCCACUGCAAGCACCACAAUCAUCCAAACUCCUCCCACAUCUAUACUGGACAGUAUGCCUACUGGUUUCCCAAUUUUGUUCCCUACAGCUACAAACCCCACAGAUGAAAAUGUGCACAUUUCCAAAUCCCCUGCAGCUUCUUUCAGAACCACAAUGACUGUCAACUCCCAGACUGUGUCUCAACCUUUACCUUUUAGCCGAACAAGUAGGUCACCUCCUACACAUGAUCACACGUUAUCAGUUGGUUCCAAGCCUCGGACUAGUGCAACAGUAACAUCUGCAUGGAGCAGAAGCCCAGUUGCAUCAGUAUCCCCUACUUCACUGGAUUCUCUUCCAAAUAUAACCACCACUACAUCCACUGUUACUGGAGUUUCAUUUCCACUCAUAGCCACUGGAGUGACACAUCCUGCAACAACUGCUUCUUCACUAAGCUCCUCCUCUUUUGAGACAAACUGGCUUGGCUCCACAUCUUCCUUUCUAUCUACAGAAGCAUCAACUCCACUUACUGCCAUUGAGUUCACAGUUUCUUUCUACAAUAUUGAAAUGAGCUUCUCUGUCUUUGAUGAAGAGCCAGGCAUUAUUAUUACCAGUGUUGCAAAAGAAUAUGCAGAAAACUGGCUAAAUUCUGUAUUUCGAGAUAGUGAGUUUUCUCUUGCUAAUCUAGCUGUUCUGCUGAAAAGCAGAGACACUUCUGAAGAAGACAUAAACAUGGACAGAAUUUUCUUGGAACAGAGAGAUGAGGAAGAAAUGGCGACAAUUCCCCAUGCAUCAUACAGCUGCGUUUGGCAGGUCAUCAUAAAAGCCAAUUCUUAUUUACCAUCCACUGAACUGAUUAACAUUAUUAAAAGUAAAAUACGUGACAACCUCAAGCAUGGAAACUUCACAUCGAAUCGAUCGAAGUUAUUAGUAAAAUCUGAACACAUUCUAGUGGAAAAACUAGAGCCAGGGAAGUGCAAAGCCGAUAAAACAGCUUCCAAAUACAAAGGGACAUAUAAAUGGCUCUUAACCAACCCCACAGAUACAGCCCAAACUAGGUGCAUAAAGAAUGAGGAUGCAAAUGCUACUAGAAUCUGCUCCAUCAGCAUUAAAACGGGCAAAUCUCAGUGGGAGAAACCCAUGUUUAGAAAGUGCAGAUUGCUUCAAGGACUUCCUGAUAAAAUCGUGGAUCUUGCUAACAUUAGUAUCAGCGAUGAGAAUGCAGAGGAUGUUGCAGAGCACAUUUUAAAUCUGAUAAAAGAAUCUCCCUUUCUGGAUGAAGAAGAAAUACAGAUUAUUGUUUCUAAAGUAUCAGAUAUUUCACACUGUAAUGAAAUAAGUAUGAAUCUAACCCAGAUGAUAUUACAAAUAAUCAAUGCUGUUUUAGGAAAGCAGAACAAUUCAGCUCCAUAUCUGCAUGAAGUAAGCAAUGAAAUUCUGAGGAUCAUUGAGCGUGCUGGUCACAAGAUGGAAUUUUCUGGAAGGAUGACUAAUCUAACCGUGACUAACCUUGCUCUGGCUGUUCUGAGGGUGGACCACAUAUUUGAAGGCAUGGCCUUUAGCAUUCGCUCCUAUGAAGAAGGCACAGAUCCUGAGAUUCUUCUAGGUGAUGUCCCUCCAGAAAGGGUCUUGGCUUCCAUAUAUUUGCCUAAAUCACUGAGAGAGAAAAUUCCUCUGGACGGCCUACAGACCAUAUUAUUUAAUUUCUUUGGCCAAACUUCACUCUUUAAGAUCAAAGCUGUCAGUAAAGCAUUAACCACGUAUGUUGUGAGUGCCAGCGUUUCAGACACGUACAUUCAGAACUUGCCUGACCCAGUGGUUAUAACUUUGCAACAUAUUGAAGGAAACCAGAAUUAUGGUCAAGUUCAUUGUGCCUUUUGGGACUUUGAGAGUAACAAUGGGCUCGGUGGAUGGAAUUCAUCAGGCUGUAAAGUAAAGGAAACAAAUGUAAAUUACACAAUCUGUCAUUGUGACCACCUCACCCAUUUUGGAGUCUUAAUGGAUUUAUCCAGAUCUUCAGUGGAUACAGUGAAUGAGCGCAUACUAACACUUAUAACAUACAGUGGAUGUGGAAUCUCCUCCAUUUUCCUGGGAGUUGUGAUGGUGACAUAUAUAGCUUUUCACAAACUUCGAAAAGAUCAUCCUUCUAAAAUCCUGAUCAACCUGUGUACAGCGCUGCUGAUGCUAAACUUGGUGUUUUUGGUUAAUUCCUGGACAUCAUCACUCCAGAAGACAGAACUUUGUCUCAUGGUUGCGGUGUUGCUUCAUUACUUUCUGCUGGUUUCCUUAACUUGGAUGGGUCUGGAGGCUGUACACAUGUAUUUUGCUCUUGUCAAAGUCUUCAACAUAUACAUUCCAAAUUACAUCCUUAAAUUUUGCCUAGUUGGUUGGGGGAUCCCAGCGAUCGUAGUGGCAAUCAUACUUGGAGUGGAUAAAGACCUGUAUGGAACUCUGAGCUCAGCCACUCCAUUUUGUUGGAUUAAGGACAAUUCCACAUUUUACCUCUCAGUUGUGGCUUAUUUUUGCCUCAUAUUUCUCACAAACAUCUCCAUGUUCUGCACUGUUCUUGCUCAGCUGAAUUCCAUAAAAGCCCAAAGCCACAGGAUGAGACAGAAGAUGAUCCUUCAUGACUUCAAAGGCAUCAUGAGCUUGACAUUCCUCCUUGGUCUCACCUGGGGAUUUGCGUUCUUUGCCUGGGGACCCGUGAGAAACUUUUUCUUAUACCUUUUUGCCAUUUUUAACAGUUUACAAGGAUUCCUCAUUUUUGUGUUUCACUGUGUGAUGAAGGAGAGUGUGCGGGAGCAGUGGCAGAUACACCUCUGCUGUGGAUGGUUGAGACUGGAAAACUCUUCUGAUGGCAGUAGCAGGUGUGGAUUAAAUGUUGGUUUUAAACAAGAGAGGCUGAAGAAAAACUUUGAGCACAAGCUCUUAACACCAUCUCUCAAGUCGACUGCAACUAGUUCCACUUUCAAAUCUCUAGGCUCUGCACAGGGCUUACCUUCAGAAGUAGGCUUCCCAAAUGGUGACUUUGAUGAAGAUCCCUACUGUUUUACUCCUUUAAGUUGUGAAGUUGUGCCUAAUUACAUGAGAAGAAUAAUGCCUGUGGAAAUCCAAAUGAAUUCCAUUCACAAAGAAAGAUAUUUUUAA